AUGAAGACAACACAGAGUAGGCCGAAAAUUUAUCAUGGUGCGAGAAGAAAAGAUUUAGAAUUCAAGAAAGGUGAUCAUGUGCUCCUUAGAGUUAAUACAAGGAUGGGCGUUGGAUGUAUGUUGAAAUCGAAGAAGCUGGCUCCUAAAUCUAUUGGUCCAUAUCAGGUUUCUCUGAGAAUCUGGGUUGUUUCAUAUAGAGUGGCAUUGCCACCCGAUCUUUCGAAUUUACAUGACGUGUUCCAUGUAUCACAACUUCAUAAGUAUAUUCGUGAUGCAUCUCAUGUGAUUAGGAUGGAUGAGGUGCAAGUGAGGGACAACCUUACGGUAGAAGCAUUACCCCUCAGAAAUAAGGAUAAAAAAUUGAAGAAACUGAGACGCAAAUAG